AAUCGAGCACGUGUGAUAUGGAAACAUGAGUAACUCAGUAAUUAUAAUUUAAAUGUGUAGCUAUUAUUACAUAAAACAUGCAUGAUUCCAAACAAAAAGAUGAUGUACUACCCGGGUUUGAAGCACCUCAAGUGGAUGCAUCCAAUAAUGACGAACAGGGGAAGAAGAAGAAAAAGAGUUCCGGAGGCUUUCAAGCUAUGGGAUUAAGCUUUGCAGUUCUUAAGGGGAUUACAAAAAGAGGAUACAAACAACCAACACCGAUUCAGAGAAAAACAAUACCAAUAGCCCUUGAAAAUAAAGAUGUUGUCGCUAUGGCACGAACAGGAUCAGGAAAGACAGCAUGCUUUUUGUUGCCAAUUCUCGAAAAGCUUACAGCUCCAGCUAAUAAACCAUUACCAGGAAAAAAUUUAAGAGCACUGAUUCUUUCACCAACAAGAGAGUUGGCUUUGCAGACAUUACGUUUUGUUCGAGAACUGGGGAAGUUCACAGGCCUAACAUCUGCAGCAAUACUAGGUGGAGAGUCAAUUGAACAACAAUUUGGAGUGAUGUCUGGAAGUACCCCUGAUAUUGUGGUGGCGACACCGGGACGAUUCCUGCACAUUUGUAUAGAAAUGAGCUUAAAAUUGGAUAAUAUAAAGAUAGUUGUAUUUGAUGAAGCAGACAGGCUGUUUGAACUUGGCUUUGGAGAACAACUACAAGAGAUAGUAGCCAGGUUGCCAUCCAGCAGACAAACUCUUCUCUUCUCAGCAACCAUGCCAAAAAUGCUAGUGGAAUUUGCAAGAGCUGGCCUUAGUGACCCUGUAUUGAUAAGAUUGGAUGUUGAUUGGAAACUACCAUCAACUUUAUGGCUAGGUUGGAUUUAUGUGAGAGCAGAGCUGAAAACGGCAGCGUUACUGUUGCUUUUAGAUCGAGUCAUAACUAAAGAGACUCCUCAAGCUGUAGUGUUUGCAGCGACUAAACACCAUGUUGAAUAUUUACAUUUAAUAUUACAAAGAGCAAGUAUAACAUCAACAUAUGCCUACUCUGGGCUGGAUCCUGCAGCUCGUAAGAUAGCACUGGGCAAGUUUAUCAACAAAAAAUGCUCUGUGCUACUUGUGACCGAUGUAGCGGCCAGGGGCUUGGAUUUACCUUCCUUGGAUACUGUUAUAAACUACAACUUCCCAGCAAAGCCAAAACUGUUUGUUCACAGAGUGGGCAGAAGUGCGCGAGCGGGACGCAGCGGUCGUGCCUUCUCACUCGUGUCAGCCGAGGACGUCGCGCAUCUACUUGAUUUGCAACUGUUUUUGUCUUCUCAACUUAUAUUGCCUGAUCAGGUGAGUGAGGUGGGCGACGCGUGUCCCAGCGGUGUGUGGGGCGCGCUCUCCGCCGAAGCGCUGGAACUUCGCCACCAGGACGUGGUCUCCUGGCAUCGUGACCACUCUGACAUUCAAGACGCGGAGCGCGUGUGUGGUCGCGGGUGGCAGCAGUACGUCCGCUGGCGAGAGCCCGCGUCCGCUGACGCUAACCGUCGCGCCAAGCAGACGCCGCGGCCCGCUGUGACGCACCCGUUCCUGCUGCGAGCGGAGCAGGCCCCCACCGACCGGCUCGUGCACGACAUCGCCACAUACCGACCCAAGGGGACGAUACUGGAGCUGGCUGGCAAGAACGACUCGCCAAUGUACCUCGCGAUGAAGGCCAAACGACGCGUGCACGGAAAACUGGUGCAGAAAGCUAGAGAUAAUAUGCAGGAAGGUACUGUACUUCAAGAAAACGUAGAUUCAGAGAAGAAGAAGGUGAAAGGCAAGAAGAAACAGCCGGUACGGGAUGAGAACUACAUUCCGCACUUCGCCACCGAUCACCACACAGAGACUGGUAUGUCGGUGAACUUCGCGGCGGGCGCGAGUCAAGCAGAAUUGGAACUGGGAGCGGACAGCGUGGAGACCGACCGAGCCAGGAGACACUCGAUGCGAUGGGACAGGAAGAGGAAGAAGAUGGUCCACGUUGAUCCCGACGGUGGACGCAAAAUGAUACGCACGGAGAGCGGGGGUCGCGUGCCCGCCUCGUACCGCUCCGGCAAGUACGAGCAGUGGCGGAAACGAAACGAUGGAGCAGACGACACUGGCCUGCGGGACGGACACGCCACGCCAUCGGAGUUCCGACCUCGCUGGGUGAAACACAACGAGCGUGUGUCCCGCACGGGCGGCGGAGGAGGAGAGAUGCACGACAAGCAACACAUCGUGAAGGAACGCCUGCGCCGGGACAAGAUCAAGCAGAAGCUGAAGUUCAAGAGCAAGGGCAAGGGCAAGAAGAAGAAGAAAUAGAUCCAUAAAAAUGAUCUCUUGUACAUA